GUACAGUACACAGGCUUUCAGUAAUCAUAGAAAAGGAAAGGACAAGUUAAACCAGCAGAAAACUUAGCUAACAGUUCGUAGACAUCGGCAGCCUGUCUCACUGUUUCUCUUUCUGCUUUUCCUCGGUACUUUCCAGUGAGUUUUCCUCAGCUCUGUUUAGGAACCAUGGUCAGUAAAUUUGAUAUUCCUCUUCAUGGGACUGCAGUCAACAUUGUGAGACGAUGUGGAUGUGCUCUGAGUGAUGUCCUUCAGAGCAAAUUUGGAUGCCUGGCCAUCAUCGAUGGUGUGGAUUUCGACAGAGAUCCGAGCAUUGCACAGCAGAGAGGGCCAAAUAUUGUUCCAGAGAAAAGGUUCAGUGUUACUCUGCCUGGAGGUGUUCAGGUAUCUGUGUGGAAGGCUGAUCUUACCAACUAUCAGGUGGAUGCUGUUGUGAAUGCUGCUAAUGAGUAUCUUCAGCAUCAGGGAGGCCUUGCUCAUGCUUUGUCCAAAGCCGGCGGUCCACAAAUCCAAAAGGACAGUGAAGAAUACAUUAAGAGGCAUGGCAGCUUGAAAACAGGAGAUGCAGUUGUCUUUGAUGCCGGGUUACUACCAUGCAAGAAGAUAAUUCAUGCUGUGGGCCCGCGACUGCCCCCAGAUACUUCUGUGCAUGAUGUUAUGAGGUAUGAGCCGCUGUUGGAGAGAGCCAUCAGGAGCAUUCUUGACAGAGUCCAGGAACACCAUCUGCAGUCUGUUGCCAUUCCUGCAAUAAGCUCUGGUCUGUUCCACUACCCCCUGCCAAAGUGUGCUGAAACCAUAGUGACAGCUGUGAAACGCUACUGUGAAAACACUUACUCUCCACAUCUCCUGCCGAAAGAGAUCCACCUCGUGAACCAUGACGAGCCUACAGUCAAAGAAAUGGAGAGGGCCUGCCAUCAGAUAUUAGCCAGCAGCAAACACAGAGGAGACACUAAAACCCCAACACAGACCGUCCAGCUUGGAAACGUCCAUCUGACACUGAAGAGGGGUAAAAUUGAGGAACAGCGGACAGACGUCAUCGUAAACACUGCAUCAGCACAGCGAAAUUUGGACAACGGUGAGAUCUCCAAGGCUAUAUUGCAGAAAGCUGGUAAAAAAAUGCAAGAGGAAUUUAAACAUGCUCCUCGGCAAGGACAUGUCAUCGUCACACAGGCGUACCAGCUGCAAUGUAAAAAGGUGUUUCAUACUUUUUGCAUGUCAAAGGGGAUAGACCCAGCAGCAGAGCAGAAUCUUUUCAAGUCAGUAUCAGAAUGCUUGUGGUUGGCAGGCACAAGUCGCCACAAGUCAAUUGCCUUUCCUGCCAUCGGCACAGGAGCCCUUGGAUUCAGUAAAAAAGAAGUUGCCAACAUCAUGUCACAGGCUGUGGUCGACUUCGCCCAAAAGUUCCCAGAGAAGAUAGAAGUUUACUUUAUCAUAUAUCCCUUCGACGACACCACGUUUAAGGCUUUUGAGGAAAAAAUGGGAUAUCUCCAGCAAAAUGCAUCUCAUCCCAGCUCUACAAAUGCAAUGAUGCUGUCUUCACCAGCAUCUGAGGACAGAGCUGACUUCCAUGGCAGCAGAUCUCCCACUCCACAGAUCAGCCUAAACGGCCCCUCUAAUGAAACAACCCGAGAGGCUGAACAAUGGCUCAGUCGUCUUCUCUUCAGGUCCAAUGGCAAAGUUGUUAUCUGCAACAACUUCAUCCUGCACUUCGGCGAGGAUCAACAUCUGCAGCUGUCGAGUCUACUGAAAAGCGGUGUUUCCAUUGAGGAGGUCUUUGAGAAAGGUCACGCAAGCAUUGUUGUAAAAGGGGAUUCAGAUGAAGAUGUUGUAGUUGCUGGGUUGCAGGUGGAGGCCAUGCUCUGCAAUGUCCAGAAGGCGUUUGUCAAGGAGGAAGAGUGUGCCAUGCUUCCUGCUGUGAUGACUAAGAGUCUGUCCUUUGAAAGAAAGACAGUUGACAACUCAAGCCAGGUGUUCUUAGACAGAUUAUCUGGCUACAGAAAGCACAGGCUGUUUAUCGUAAAGGUGGACAGAGUGGAGAACCCUGCACUGAAGAAGCUCUUUGAACUCAAGAAAAAACAGCUUAGCUGCUCCACCCCUCCUCGAAGAAUGGUUCAACGCAUACCUGCACAGUUCUGUGAGAUGGUUAGCCACAUUGGAUUCCAUGCAGAGUACGCACCACCUGAUGAUCCAUCAUUUGGAGAGGGCAUCUACUUUGCUAGCAAAGUGAGGAUAGCCAUGGAAGUGUGGAAGGAGCACAAGAGGCCAAAGGAGGAGUAUCUGUACUUUGUCGAGGCUGAGGUACUGACAGGAAACUCCACCCCUGGUAAACAAGGUCUCAUUCUGCCACCUGCUGUGGGGACAGAGUCACAGACUGUGUACCACAGUGUGAGCGGAGGGCCUGACAUCUCUGUCAUAUUUAGUGGUUACCAAGCUCUGCCCACAUACAUUAUCACCUGUAAGAUGUGCUGAAGAGUGAUUCCUUCACAGUUUAUUCUGUUGUAUGGGACAAAUACAAAUGUAAGAAUGCUUCUAGUGCUAGAGGAAACUGGACAGUAGGAAGUUAGAUUGUUCUAAACAAGCUGAAGUACAGUCUUGAUUAAUGUAUUUACUACUAGAAAGAAAUGGCUGUUUGCAUUACUCCUUUAAAUCAUAUAAUGGAGACCAUUAUUACAAUAUGAGCUUAUAUGCAGCUUGAGAAAGAUGUCAUUAGUUUUCGGUUUCUAUUUUUUCACUAUGUGUUUGUUUCUUUUGAGUGAUUACCAUAUAGUUUACAUAGCAGCACAAUCAUUUGUAUAUCAAUCAAAGAUGCAACUUGUCUUAUAGUAACAAUCAAAACUGGAAUGAUGGAUUUGUUCGGUGGCAUCACACGAUACUUUAUAUACAUAUAUAUUUCAUAUGUACUAGUCAGUACAGACAUAAAACUGACUUCAUUUUGUUUAUAGGAAGAUUAUUGUAAGACUUCAUAUAAAAUGUUGAAACGCUUUGGCUGCAAAUACAUGACUAAUCUAAUUGUAAACUAUUAAUAACACAUAUUGACUACAGUGGGAUGGAUCAAUGGGUGCAGCUGGUUCAAAGUGCCUGAUGCUGAUGUCAAAAUUAAACAAUGCUUUAAGAACA